GCGUGUGUGUGAGUGCACGGCUUCAUUUUGUUGUCAACAGCUGAGGCAAUCGGAAAAAGUUUUUCGCAACUAGUUAUCGGUAAAAGCCAGAGUUCCGGGUUUUUCGCUUUUCGUCACCAUCACCGUCCACCACCGUUACCGUGCGCCGUUUGUCCGUUUGAUCCGUGGCUGCUGCUCCUGGUAGUGGGUGCGAGAUCCCGCUGCUGCUCGUUCCAGGUUCCGAACAACAAGCGCGAGCAGCACGGCCGUAAGUGCGUAAUUUGUGUGUGUCGUGUUUUUUCACGGUUCCCCGAAUCAUGUUUCGGCCAGGCAGGAAGCAGCUAGGCAAACGGCAAACGGCGGACAAUGGUAGCGGUGGUGGCAACGCGCUGAAGAAGCUCCGGACCGAUCAGCAGGUUCCGACGUUCGACGAUGAAUCUGGGUCAGCGAUCGGGGUGGUGGCGGGGGGCCUCGCCACUGCGGCUGCGGCCACUGCUGAGGGUCGGGAGCGAGUGGAGGGAGAGGGAGACGGGACGGCGUCCAGCCCGGUUAGCCGGAACGGGCGACGCAUCAUCCGCGGACAGACGGGUACGGUGUUGCUGGAUUGCGAAAUUCCCCGCUAUGGUACCCCGGUCGAGCGGAAGCGCUGCCGUAUGGCCGGUGACUACAUCAUCGGUCACGAGCUGGGCUCGAGCCCGGGUGUCCCACAAACGCAGUAUCUGGCGCGCAAAGCAGGCACCGACGAGUACUAUCUACUGAAGAUGCUGAGCUUCGAUCCGGAAACUGAGGUGGUGGAUAAGGAAACGCUGCAGGGCAAGCUGCUGCUGCACACCGAGUUCACGCUACUCUCGAUGCUGGCCGAUCUCGAGGGUGUUAUCCACCAGCACGGGUUCUUUAGUGAUUUUGCGUUCGAGGAGCGACAGCGUGAACUCCCGGACGGUACGAUGCAGUCCAUCUAUACUGGGCGCAUCCGACGGCGUCUCAUUCUCGUGCUGGACUGUGUCCAUGCGCAUGAGUUCUGUGAGCGUUCGGCUGACUACGUUAGUCUCCAGCGCUACAUCUCCAUCACCAAGUACACGGAGAUGGAGGCACUGAGGUGGUUCUACAAGGUGGUACGGAUCGUCGAGCAGCUGCACGAUCGGAACGUUAUCCAUCGCGAUCUCAAGCUGAACAACAUCGUGUUGAACCGGCGCACCAAGCGCGUACUGCUGACGAACUUCAUUCUCGCCAAGCACCUGAUGAACGAGAACGAAUGUUUGCGGGACCAACGGGGCAGUCCGGCGUACAUCUCGCCGGAUGUGCUUGCCGGCAGACCGUACUUGGGCAAACCGUCCGACAUGUGGGCACUGGGCGUGAUCCUGUACACGAUAAUUUAUGGAAAAUUUCCGUUCCUGGACACCACUCCGUCGGCAUUGUUUCGGAAGAUACGUGAAGCGGAUUACACCAUUCCGAGUGGCUUCAAGACGUCUGAUCGUACAAACAGGCUGAUCAAAUCGAUGCUGACACUCAACCCAGAUGAGCGUUCUACGGCCACCGAGGUGCGGGUACAACUCGAGCAGAUACUGCACUCGAUGCGUACGCCUCGUCUGGAAAGCGAUCAGAUUGUGCCCGAGUUUGUCGAUAGCCAACAGGCGGCGAACGGUGGAAACGGUGGUGAUACCGGUGAUCAGGCCCCACCGAGCGACAGGAUUGUUCGAGGCGUCGAAUCACCCUCCGCCAACAAUGUGAUCUUGGAGCGCCCGAUUCAGACCGGAUCGCCGAAGCACGAGCUUUCGACUGAACAGUUUUCUCGCGUACUCGAAACAUCGAUGGCCGGUGGGCUCAAUGGUGGCAGCAGCACCGGUCACGGGUGUAUGCGUCGGAAUGGUGAUGCGGGUUUCCUCAAGCCCAAGGUGGUAGUCCAUAAGACGGUGCGCGUUGCACCAUCGAAUGGGCAAUCCACGACAACGACCACAACCACGACGACAACGACGACGACGGUAACUCCGGUUGCUGGUGGACCGACAGCCGUCAGAGCCGAACAGGUGCCUGGAGCGGUCGAGCUACUCCAGUUGGCCAGUCGUGCUGCACCGGCAGCAGCGAAUGCUGGCAGUGGCGGUAGUGGUGGUGUAGGACCGCAGCGCAAUCGUUUGAAUUUCAAUCUGAAUCUACACGUUCGUCGUGUACAAUCUUCUCGGCCGUACCCGGCCCGUCCCUCACCGGGGACGACUUCCGUGACCGUCAUUCGCGGUGCAGGAAACCGCGGUAGCAACCAACAGGGACCCAAUCAGCAGCAGGGGAACAGCGGUAGUAACGGUAACACCGGGAGCGAUCGUACCGGAACAGGAGGCAGUACUGCUUCCUCCCCUCCGCUAAGCCUUAGCCAAACGAUCCGUAUGCUCAACAUGAUGCCCUACACGGUCACCGUAACCAGUGCCUCCUCGGUACCAGCUGCCAUCGGAGAAUCGCAGCCUCCAGCUCCGGCGCAGUCCGCCGGAACGCAGACAGCUGCUGUCUCGAUUGGUGGACGUGUCAAGCCGUUGGUGGCGCUGCUACGGGCCAUGCCGCGCAUUCAUGCGCUGCUCAUGAAUCGCUCCUCGGCCAACAGCAACACUGCCGACCGUGCAUCACUGCCCGAUUUCGACGGUAUCAUAACGAGCGAGAUGGCCGACAAGAUCAUCAUGUUUUUGAUCAAUAAUCUGCGCCACCACGAACCGGUAGCGAGUGUGGUUGCCGCCGGUUUUACCAGUACGGCAGCUAUGGGAUCGAUCCUACCGGGAAUCCGCGUCAACAGCGUGCUCGAGAUAAUGCGUCAGCUGGGCGUACGGAUGGAGGCAUCGGCGAGUGGUCAGAUUGUUAUCCGACCGCAGCAAUCGGGGCAACGGCGUGCAAUGCUUAGCUGCCUGCUGCAAAUCGCGGGCCAUAAUGAUCGCUACAUACAAAUGGUUUAGGUACCGGACAUGAGAUUGCUCUGUGUUCCUUUUAGCCGGGAAUCCGUUUUCCGUUUCUGUCGGCAGUGAGAGACCAAGGAUCUGUAGGAGGGAGAAAGAGAACAGAGAGGACGCGCGCCAAGGCCAUUGCUGGCUGCUAUUCUCUGGACAUUCUUUUCAUUUUUUGUGACUGACUACGUGGGCUCCGUUGAAUCCGCUUCUUAUUGAUCGGAGCAAACGGUGGUCUGUAGUACGUGGAUGGGGGCUCUGGCCGUAAUCUGGGUGUUUUUUUCUUUUUUUAAUAUUCGUAGAUAACAGAACUAGUGUAGCAUAAAAUUCUAAUAAUCCUAAAUAUAACAGCCGGGGGGAAUAUCCUGUGUCGACAACAAAACCACAUACACGUACACACUCUAAUGCGUA